CCCCGCUUAGCUCAUACUCGGCAGGACGGCAGAGAGAGAGAGCAGGUUAUUGACCCAGAUCUCCGGCUACUGAUAUGGACAUGGAAGCCCAGGCACAGCUGCUAGCGCACCAGGAGGCCGUACACUGCGAGGCCCAGCGAAUCGCCUCCCUGUCCGCCUGGAAGAUGCUGCGCUCCCGGACCCAGCGUGGGGGUAUGCGGCUGCACCGCUCCCUGCAGCUGGCCAUGGUGAUGCGGAGCGCCCGGGACCUUAUCCUCUCCUACGCCCAGGCCCCCGAGCCCGCUCCGGCGGAGCCCCCCGCAGCAGCAGCAGUAGUGGCGGUGGUCCGGGAGAGCCGCAAGAGGAGAUCGUGCGGGAGCCGCCUGCUCGAGCUGGUGCCCAGCAAGCGGGCCUGCCUCUGGCAAGAGACCCCCGAGCCGCAGCCGCAAGGUGGGGCCUUCCCGGGCCUGGCGGAGGUGCUGCAGCGGCUCCUGGGGGCUGCCCCGCCACCACUCCCGGGGAGCUGCCGGCCGCUGGGGAGCGAGAGCCUGCCCGGAGUCCACGCCAGGCCGGUGGAGGCCUUCUGAGGGUCACCGGAGGGGGAACUUUCUACCGACCGAGCAGCGGCGGGUCCCAGGUGCCGCCGAGCGACUCGCAAAGGACUGUGCGCAGACCGAGAGGGCGAGAUCCCCCUUCCCCACAGCGGGAGAGAGAGAGGGGCUCAGCCCCGGCGCCGCAGGGAGGAGGAUGCGGGUGACUCAGCCCCGGACAGGUUCUGGUUGAGUCAGAGAUGACGGAGCGGACAUUCCUGUUACUCACUCAUUGCAGCAGCGUGAUGUGUCCCCACACACCGAAGGAGGGGGGUGCCUGUGCCACUACAGCCCCCCUAAUUGCUGGACUCUUCACCAGAGGAGGGGGGCCUGUGCCACUACAGCCCCCCAUCUUAUUGCUGGAACUGACCCUCUGCAAUGUAUGCCCCCUUCCGUGAAGGGACCCUAUGGAGUGCUCAGCGUUGCUGAACUUUCGUGCGAGCAAGCCUUGCAUCAAGGGAUGAUGUGUAUCUGUGUCAUGUGUAUCUGUGUUGUGCUGCUGGCCGUUCUCGUGCCUUCCAUUUCUACUGUACACUUAUUUUGUAUUUUCAGUAUUAAAGGAACUUGCAUCCUUA